AUACGAAACCGGUGGUAGAACCGCGAUCGGUCAGCGACCAUUUGGCAAGACAACUAAAAGUCAAAAACGAGUGUGUUGGCCCUAUUUUUAGUGAAACAAAAAUCAAAUCAACGUAAUUUCAAUAUUAUAAUGAGAUCGCCAUUUAAAUAUUCAUUUAACUAGACGAAUUACGUGUCUGAGUGCACAUAUCUGUUGUUCUUUGUUACAUCAUGAAUAAAAGUUUAUCGAGGGAAGAGAAUUGAUUUUCUUUACGGUAAAAAUUGAUGGAAACUGAUAUUAUGGAGGUGAGAGGGGCUGGAGACGGGGCUGCGGCCGUGGAGUAUGUCCGACCUCCUUCGAAACGAUACUCCUGGGCUGAAGUAAGACAGGCCGUACACGAUUUAAGAAAGGAACUAUCAUGCCUAUCGACUAUGGUCCCGAUUGCUAUAAGUUUUCGUAAAUUAGGCAAUGGGAAGACCAGGAUAUAUUUUUUGAGGAACCCACAGAAUGGUUGGGAGAUCACCUUGCUGUAUACUGAUGUUUUGCCUUCACAACAGCCAAAUAACUCAAGAUUAGACUGGAAACCACUAAUAGAGUCGAACGUGGCUCUCGGAGUAACCUCAGGCAAGUGGUCCCGAGAGGAACAGCUUCUAUGGGAACGCCAGCGGGUGGCUGCAUGGGGCAUAGCCUCCUAUGAACUGCAUCAGGCCACGGGACGGAUCAUGUUUCCAUGUGCUUCCUCGCUGUUUGUGGCUGAUGAGGGACUUAGUCAGUCACCCCCCCUAGUUCCCCGUUCCCUCAACACGGGUGGGGGAGCUCCCCUAACCCCGGCGAUGUGUCCCCGAGCCCCCGACCUGGUGGCUCACGCGGCUAGGGGUGAUAUCUGGCUCGCUGGGGGGCAGUUGAGGCGUCCUACUAGACUUACAUACGCUUGUAAGGGUCAUGAACCUGAUCGGUUAGCAGACGAUCCCCGGCAGGCCGGAGUGCCAUGCUACGUUACCCAGGAGGAGUUUUCAAGAUACACGGGUUUCUGGUGGCAACCACAAGCUGAAGAUGAUGUGUUCAGGAUAGUGUACGAGGAGGUAGACGAGAGCGAAGUCAAGAUCUACAGCUUCCCAUCAUCGCAGACCACCAGCGGAGAAGUUGAGGAGUUCAGAUUCCCUCGCGCCGGUACCCCCAACGCCAAGUCCUCGCUGAAGAUGGUCACGUUCAGACUGCAGAAGGCGGCUCCCACCACAGUGCUGGACUAUUAUCAGGAAGGGGCUGCCGAACACUCUGGUGAAUCAACAAAUGGCUGCAUGGAGGUGACAGAUAUCCGGUGGUAUGAAUUACGUCAGCCGCUGAAGGAGACCUUCCCCUGGUUCGAAUACCUGGCCAGGGUCGGCUGGACUCCUUGCGGACAGUAUGUCUGGGUGCAACUCCUAGACCGUAAGCAACAGCGAUUGGAGCUGGUCUUAAUACCGCUGUCACAGUUCUGUACUCCGUCCCGAUAUGACACAGAUGAUGCGCCUACUGUGCGGCAUGAACCGAUGAUAAGCGAUCAGGCAAUCCAAGACAUCCAGAUCUUAGUAUCAGAAACGGCUCCAGACGCUUGGAUCAACGUCCACGAUAUUCUAUAUUUUCUACCAUCGAAUGGCUUAGAAAUGAACUUUAUUUGGGCGAGCGAAGAGAGCGGACAUUUACACUUGUAUUUAGUCACUUGUGCUCUAAUACAGAAGAGUACUGCGCAGAAUAGAUCCGUCAUAGAAAUGAUAACGGAGGAUGAGAGUAACGCCGUAGGACCGAACAUGAUCAGCAAAGAGCCAAUCACGGCCGGCGAGUGGGAAGUAAUGGCCAGAAAGAUAUGGGUAGACGUGGGUCGGCAGCUGGUGUACUUCGUGGGUCUGCGCGAGACGCCGCUGGAGCGACACCUGUACGCCGCGCCGCUCGCGCCGCCGCGCCCGCACGCCGUCACGCUGCUCACCAGCGUCGGCCAUUCCUGUGCUGUCGAUAUUGACGAGGACUGCACAAUGGCAGUGAUAACAUCUUCGAACAUUAGCAGUGUGCCCGUAACGAGAGUAUACAGGAUCACCACGUCACCACCGCGCUUACUGGUGCAAGGCACCAUCACUGAUAGACCUCCUUCAGCAGAAUCUCUGGAGAUCCGAAGUUUCAACGGUUCAUGGGACAGCCGGUCCGGCGACGGAGACGACACGGAUAGCGAAACCGGAUCGUUAAUUAGAGAACGUUCACUCAGCAUAUCAGAGAUCCCGGCGCCCACAAUAUACGAGACGCGUCUGUCUUGCGGCGCCACCGCGUACUGUACCCUGUGGCGCUGCGGCCGCCCGGGGCGGAGCCCUACCGUGCUGCACGUGUACGGAGGCCCCGAGGUGCAGACUGUCACUAAUAGUUAUAAGGGUAUCAGACAGCUUCGCAUGCAUAUGCUGGCUGCGCGAGGGUUCAACGUGGUGGCCGUAGACUCGAGAGGGUCCAAGCACCGCGGCCGGGCCUGGGAGGCGGCUAUCAAAGGGAAGUUAGGCCAGAUCGAGUUGGAUGAUCAGGUGGAAGUGUUACAAUGGCUGGCUAAAGAGACCGGCUGUAUAGAUAUGGAGAGAGUCGCCAUCCACGGAUGGAGUUACGGCGGCUACCUAUCCCUGCUGGCACUAGCGACGCGGCCGGCGGUGUUCCGCGUGUGCGUGGCGGGGGCCCCGGUGACGUGCUGGCGGCUGUACGACACCGCCUACACCGAGCGAUACAUGGGCCCCCCCGCGCGCGCCCCGCACGCAUACACCCGCGCCUCCGUGCUCGCACACGCGCCCUUCUUCCCUGACCAGGAAGGUCGUCUGCUGAUCAUCCACGGCUUGGCGGACGAGAACGUCCACUUCUGUCACACGGCCGCGCUCACGGCCGAACUCGUCCGUCUCGGGAAACCGCAUCGAGUGCAGGUGUACCCGGGAGAAAGGCACUCUCUCAGAGCGAUGCACGCCGCCAAACAUUACGAAGCUACCCUACUACACUUCUUACACGAAAAUCUAUAAAACCUUAUACACGACUGUAUGGGAAAUAUAAUAUUAACACGGAGAAUAAAAUAAAUAACGGAGAUGUCAUAACGUGCCUACCGGGGCUGCGGGAUUGUUCGCGCGAGUUAGGCUUGAGAAGGAACAUGAUGGGUUUUAGUCAGUAAGAGUCUGACACUCCCGAGCGCUGCACACACGACGGGAGCUGUCAUUUGAUGGCUUCCCAUAAAAUAAAAGUGAGAGAUGUCAUAACGCAAAAUCUCCUAAGAAUGUAGCGUGACAAAAUACUGGUGUUCGGAGGACGAGGAACGUUACUAGCUCCGCUCUAAACCGCACAUUAUUUUCAAUAUAAAAUCACCCAUCUUUGACAGAUUGGUUUUGAUUUGACAAGGAACCCCGAACGUCUCGUUAGUUCUAGUAACUGAUCACGUCUACCGUACGUUGCUUGAGCUACAAGAAGGCGCCUGACCUACCUUCCUUAUGGCAUCUCCGCUCUUUCCUUCCUCCGUGAAUAUAACUUACUAUAGAUGUUUUUCACGAAAGCGGGUAAGCUACACUAGUGUGUGUAAAUAUACACACAUAGGUAAGACUCUCACGCUUUCAUGAGAUAAAACAUCUUACCAAUAUGCAAGAGAAAGAAAAACAUUAAAAGUUACGCCGCAGUUGGGACGCAGUGGCCACGCAGUUGCCACGCUAUCAAUAAAAAAAGUAUUAUAACUACAUCUUUAUCAAAUUCACAGCUUUCAGAAUUUUUUUUCAUGUAACUAAGUGGUUAAAAGUUAAUUUUCAAUGCAAUUACAAUAUAAUAAAACAAUCUACAAUAUUUUUUUUUUAUAUUUAUUGGAAAAGAAGUUGCGCCACUGUUGCGCGAUAGUUGCUUUAAAGUUGCCUUAUCAAUGCAAUCAUUUUGUGUUUUUGACCAUUGUAAUAGUCACUACAUAUUGAGCCAAUAUUGAAACAAGCAAAGUUAUUUGACAAGAAAAGGGCCCGAUUUCACUAAUGUGGAGUGAGAAAAACUUCACUACACUUUGGUAGAAUCAAGGCUUAACUUAUCUAUACGGCUUUGGAAGUCAGAUUUCUUUUAACCAUAUCUUUUUGUAUUUCAAAAAAAGAUGCACUUUUUUGUAAUUUUUGUCUCAUUAAAUAAAGGAAAUAAAUAAAAUUAAAAAAUUUUUUUUGAUACUGCCACCCAUCCAUUUACAUACCGCGCCGUUCAAAGCACCCCCAUACAAACAUUUACUUGUAAAAAUAUUAAACUAGUGUUAAAUAAUUAUGUUAAUCUUGUACAUUCUCGUAAACAACUGGACCGAUUUCGAUGAAAUUGUUACGAAUGGAUUGACGGUGCUGUGCGAGUGAGAUUGGCUUUAAGAAGAUAGGAUAGGAUAUAAAUAAUGAUUUAAUUCAGGAUAUAAAAUAAUAGCGAUCCGUCCCUGCUUCGCAUGGAUAAGAAACUAAAUUCUUCCUUAUGAAUCAGUCUAUCUAUCGGUGAAAAUUGCAUGAAAGUCCGUGCAGUAGUUUUUGAGUUAGUCGCAAACAAACGGACUACGGACAUAAUAAUAUAAAAAUGUUAAAGCCUGUCUCACUCGCACAUCUGUUAAAUUGAAUUCGCUAGAAAGAGACGCGAGAUGGAUAGAUUUAAUUAUAUUAGAUAGAUACUGUGUUAGAAAAUGUAUUACAAAAUGUAAAUAUUUUUUAAUAUUAAUAAAAAUAUAUGUUUUUAAAAAUCCAA